ACACGAAGAAGCGGUAGGUGACUAACAUGUGUUACUGAGGCUGAUUUUGCGAAGUUGUUUUAAAGCGAAGGGAUUCAAGUGUACAUUGCUAGAAUACUAAUAAACGAAAGUUAAGAUUGCUUUUACAGUGUUGAGUGCAGCCCCAGGAGCAGUGGUAUGACAUCACACUAGACAACAAGAAGGAAGACCUGACUCUAGACUUUGACUGCCUGACGUCAUUCUCAAAACAGUCCAAUCACGUGCCAGAAGACGAUGCCAGACCGCUGUGUGGCGUAUGGGUGUGGCAAGUCGUGGGAAGAUGGUGUUACUCUGUACAAUUUCCCUAACAAUGACACAGAGGAGUUUCACAAAUGGGAGAAGCAGGUCCAGCGGACUCGGAGCAACUGGACCGCCUCGCCGAACUCCCAGCUUUGCUGUGAACACUUUGGUAAGGAGUGUUUUGAAAACAAGCCCUACCCCGUCCUCAAGGCUCUCGCUGCCAAAGGACAGCUGAAGCUGAAGUAUGGGGCUGUCCCCACAGUGUUCAUACGGCCCCCCUGCACCUCCUGUGAGGGCUUCGGCUGCAACGUGUGCACCCCCAAAGCCCAGAGACGUGGCGUCCCUGUAGAACCACAGGAAUAUGACACGGAGGAUGUUGAGGGGGGACCUCUGCAGUCGGAUGACACUGAUGCAGAGGAUGACGAUGAAGAUGACGAAGAUGAAGAUGAAGAUGAUGAAGAUGAGAUGGAUGAUUAUUUUGGAGAUUACUACUCUGCUCUCACUAUAGAUGACGGACCGGUGGUGUGUGAGAUGUGUGGCUUCAGCGGGACCAGAGACACCUUCUAUUCCAAGACCAAGCGUUUCUGCAGCGUCUCCUGCUCCAGAGCCUACUCCUCCAACUGCAAGAAGUCCUCUAUCCUGGCACGACUUCAGGGAAAGCCUCCCACCAAGAAGGCCAAGGUGCUGAUUAAGACUGCCUGGUCCACCCAAAUGGGAAACAUGAUUGCAUCUCUGGGAAGCAGUCAGGACAACAGCUCCAGCUCUACUGGACAGGAUGUUGCAGCAACAGGAAACUUUGACUGGGGUGCUUACCUGGAGAAGGCAGGCUCUCUUGCUGCUUCAGUGGCCUGCUUCAGACAUGCGCCACUCUGUGCCCAGUGGGAUGACAUCACAGUGAGGUUAAAGGUAGAGGUCCUGAACACUAGUGCCAUCCUGCCCAGUAAAGUGUAUUGGAUCGCCAGCAUCAUCCAACUUGCAGGCUAUAAAGCUCGGUUGAGGUACGAGGGCUUUGAGGAGGACAGCAGCCAGGACUUCUGGUGCAGCCUGGGUUCUGGAGACAUGUACCCCAUCGGAUGGUGUGCCAUGACCGGCAAGCUGCUGGUGCCACCACAGGCUGUGCACCAGAACAUUUGUGACUGGAAGGAGUAUCUGAUGAACCGGCUGGUUGGAGCCAGAACUUUGCCUGUGGACUUCUAUAUGAAGCUGGCCGAGAGUAUGAAGUGUCCGUUCCGUACUGGCAUGCGUGUGGAGGUGGUGGACCGCACUCUGGUGAGCCGGACACGGCUGGCAGUGGUGGACACUGUGACCGGAGGCCGCCUAAGACUGGUCUAUGAGGACGGGGAGCAGGAGGCCAAAGGGGAGCCCCUCUCUGAUGUCUGGUGCCAUAUGUGGAGCCCGCUUCUGCACCCAGUGGGCUGGUCCAGCAAAGUGGGUCAUGUCAUCAAACUGGCUGACGUUGAACACCCAACAUUCCGUAAGGUGUACUGUGAUAGCGUCCCCAUGCUGUUUAAGAAGCCCAGGACUGUGUACAUGGAAGGAGGCUUCUUUGAGGUGGGAAUGAAGCUGGAGGCCAUCAAUCCUGUAAACCUGGGCAACAUCUGUGUGGCUACUAUACACAAGGUGCUGUUGGAUGGCUACCUGAUGGUGGGCAUUGAUGGCACAGAUGGGUCGGGUGAUGGGUCUGACUGGUUCUGCUACCAUGCUUCCUCCCAUGCCAUCCUACCCAAGGGAUAUUGCCAGAAGCACAACAUCCAGCUCACACCACCCACUGGCUAUGACUGGAAAACCUUCUCCUGGGCAAAAUACCUUGAGGAGAAGGGAGCCAGAACAGCGCCAGCACAGCUCUUCAACACGGACGGCUCAGGUCACGGCUUCACUCAGAAAAUGAAGUUGGAAGCUGUGGACCUGAUGGAGCCGUGGCUGGUGUGCGUCGCCACCGUGAGGCGCUGUGUGGGCCGGCUGCUACUGCUGCACUUUGAUGGCUGGGAGCCAGACUUUGACCAGUGGGUGGACGUUCAGUCACCAGACAUCUACCCUGUGGGCUGGUGCGAAGUGACAGGAUACCAGCUCCAGCCACCCAUUGGACCAGAUCCUGUUGCAAGUCGCAAGAAACACAAGCCUAUGGGCAAAAAGAAGAAAAGGAUGGUAAAGAAGAAACUGGCGAACCUCAUCUCCAAGAACCGCCCCCCAAGACGUCCGAGCCAACAGUCUGAACCUGAGGCCGGAACCCCAGAACAGUCAGACCACACAUCCGUCACACAGCAGAUUAAGACUGAACCUGAGGAGCAGGAGAUCAUAGCAGUGAAGGUGGAGGAGGUGGAGACCCCCAUCGCACCGACCCUGCCAGAGGCCCAGGUCCCUCCACCCUCCCUGGGGGUGGUCAAGCAGGAGCCACAGGGAGAGGACCAGCAGAAAGCAACAGACAGAGGUGGAACCAAUGGAACGUUGAGACUCACUGAAAUUGAUAUACCCUGAAUACAAUUAUCCAAACUGACCGUAGAUGAAUGUCUGUGGUUAACUUCAUUCUACACCAUCACAGCCUUGGAUCACCUGAACCUGAAGAUCAGAUGAGUCUGUUGAGCUGGUCCCACUUCUGAACAUUCUCAGCUCUGGAGCUGAAUAAAACUGUUCCAGUUUAACAGAAAGGCCAAUACUGUGACACCCGUUAAGGACAUUCUUUCAUACAUUGAAUAACAAACACCCAGUCGAUGUUGUUGUAUAAUGUUUAUUUGUUUUAUAUCCAGAUUCCUUUUCGUUGUUAUAUAUACAAUCCUGGAUUAAAGUACUUCAGUGAACUGGUU